AUGUCAGGACCUAGACUAACGCGCAUUCAAGNNAUCGCCUACUACCAGAAGUUCGUCGAUGAGCACUCCAAGAACCAGCUGAAGCAGGCUCUUGUCGCCUACGACCGCACACUCCUCGUUGCCGACAACAGAAGAUGCGAGCCCAAGAAGUUCGGUGGUAAGGGUGCCCGCUCGCGCUUCCAGAAGUCCUACCGUUAA